AGGAAUAAAGAAAGAAACAGAACAAAUUUAUCUACAGAAUAGAAUUUGAUACUCUCUGCAGAAUCAUUCUUAUGCUUUCUUUCUUUUAGUUGGUUGUGAAUGUGAACAUACAUUCUCCUGCUACGGUUCCUUUCUGGGGAAACAAACACCUUUCUCAUUCUGCUUCCUCUGUCUGUUCCCAUUAUCUUAAUCAGUGACUUUCUUUGUUGGAAGAAAUUCUCUGCCAAAAAUGGUUGAAGAAGAGUUAUUAACAACACUUCCUUUUGAUAGGACUGUUGAACAGGCAAUUCUAUCUAUAAAGAAGGGUGCUCAUCUUUUGAAGUGUGGAAGAAGAGGGAAGCCCAAAUUUUGCCCUUUCAGACUCUCCUUGGAUGAAAAAUUCUUGAUUUGGUAUUCUGGGCAGAGAGAAAAGCAAUUGAGAUUGAGCUCAGUUACAAAGAUUGUUACUGGGCAGAAGACUAUAAAUUUUCAGAGGCAACUUCAACCAGACAGGGAGCUGCAGUCUUUUUCACUUAUCUAUGCGAAUGGUGAACGCUCACUUGAUUUGAUAUGCAAGGACAAAGUUCAGGCUGAUUCAUGGUUUAUCGGCUUGAGAGCUGUGAUAUUGAGGUGUCACCGUUCCAGGCCGUGUGCUUCUUUGAGGGGCCGAAGAGGGAUACAAAGCUGUGUUAGUAGCCCAGCUAGUUAUAUCAGAAGAAAACAUAAUCUUGGACUUGUAGAGGAUGCCACUGAGUUAUCUCAGGUACGCAGCUUAUGUGGGAGUCCUUCCCUUUCACUUUCAGAAAGGUGUUUUUCUGAUGGUUUAUCAUAUUCUUCCAAAAGCUUUUAUUCAUCCGAAUCAAGUUUAUUACAUGUGCAAAAUGUGGUGAACAUCUCAACUCCAAACUCUAACUUCACUGAAACAGACAAUUUUGAGAAGUGGGCAUCAAAUUAUACUGGCAAAGAGUGCCUAAAGAAUGAGUCUCAAAGGUUUGUAGCACCUACUUAUGGGUCACCACUAAUAGAAAAAGAAGAUGUUCUGAAGGAUGUCAUGAUCUGGGGGGAAGGAGUAUUUGGAGGAAUUAUUGGUGGUGCCAGUGACUGUUCUGCCAGCCAAAAUAAAAUGGUGGUCGAUGCUCUGUUGCCUAAAUUGCUAGAAUCAACCAAGAUGUUAGAUGUACAAAGUAUAGCUUUGGGGGGUAAACAUGCAGCCUUAGUUACGAAACAAGGGGAAAUUUUUUGUUGGGGAGAGGGGAAAGGUGGAAGGCUUGGGCAUAAAGUUAAUGUGGAUGUGAGCUACCCAAAGCUUGUUGAAUCCCUGAAUGGGGCAGUUGUACAGUAUGUGUCAUGUGGCGAAUUUCAAACAUGUGCUCGAACAAAAUCUGGUGAACUGUAUAUUUGGGGUGACAAUAAUCAUGGUGCUGAUAUGGUGGGUGAGAUGGGAAGUAGAAGCCACUGGCUUCCACGUAAACUUUGUGGUCCUUUAGAUUGUGUAACUAUAUCAAAAGUAGCAUGUGGGGAGUGGCAUACAGCAAUUGUCUCCACCUCUGGGCAAUUAUUUACAUAUGGAGAUGGAACUUUUGGGGUUCUUGGGCACGGGAAUCUGCAAAAUGUUUUCCAACCAAAAGAGGUUGAAUCUCUAAGGGGUUUAAGGGUAAAAUCUGUUGCAUGUGGACCAUGGCAUACAGCUGCAAUUGUGGAGAUCAUGACUGAUCGUUACAAAUCUGUUGCCAUUGGUGGAAAACUGUUCACAUGGGGUGAUGGUGAUAAAGGGAGGCUUGGACAUGCUGAUGGAGAGAGAAAGCUUUUACCAACAUGCGUUGCACAACUUGUGGAUUUUGAUUUUGUUCAAGUUUCUUGUGGCAGAAUGUUGACAGUUGGACUUACCAGUUCAGGCAAGGUUUAUACAAUGGGAAGUGCAGUGCAUGGGCAGUUAGGGAACCCACAGGCCAAGGAUAAGUCAAUAACAGUUGUUGAGGAGAAGCUUAAAGAGGAGUUUGUUAAGGAGAUCUCGUCAGGAUCAUAUCAUAUUGCUGUCUUAACAUCAGGAGGAAAUGUUUACACAUGGGGGAAGAAUGCAAAUGGACAGCUAGGGUUAGGUGAUAUUCAAGAUAGAAACUCACCAGCUUUUGUUGAGGCUUUGCGUGAUAGGAAGGUUGAGAGCAUAGUUUGUGGAUCUAGUCUAACUGCUGCAAUUUGUUUACACAGAUCUAUCACUGUUAGUGAUCAAUCAGCCUGUAGUGGUUGUAAAAUGCCUUUUGGGUUCAGGAGGAAGAAGCGUAACUGCUAUAAUUGUGGUCUUCUCUUUUGCAGUGUUUGUAGUGGGAAAAAGGUUACAAAUGCAUCACUGACACCAAAUAAAGAUAAGCCUUCUCGUGUCUGUGAUACAUGUUUCAACCAUUUGCAGAAGGUCACACAUUCAGGAAGAUUACUAAAACUGGAAAAUCGUAGUCCAAGGAGUCUAAUGAACUCACAAGGGGUUUUGUCUGAAGAGAAAGAUGAGAGGGGAGAAGUGACUCCUACAAGGGGUCAGUUAUAUUCAAGUAAACAGAUUUGUGAUGUAGAAUGCAAACCUGGGGAACCAAGAACCUUGAAAACUCGAGGAGAAAGGCAGCAACACUUAGAAUUGGUCUCUUCUUUGACUUCUGGAUUGCAAAGAUGGGGGCAAGUCCCCUGCCCAAUCCAAUUUGAAAUGCACCGUGUUGAUAAUUCUCUGGCACUUGCUCCUCUUUCAAAUAAUCAGUUGUCUUCUUGCUCAGCACUUUCUGCUGGAUCAAAUUCUAGUAUUCCUAUUGCCUUUAAAGAAGACAAAGUCUUGUCAGAAUCAAACAAGACUCUCACUGACGAAGUUCAAAGGCUGAGAGCUGAGGCUAGAAGUCUUGAAAUGCAAUGUCAAAUUGGUGAACACAAGUUUCAAGAUUGCCAAAGAAAAAUUGAGGAGGCCUGGUCACUGGCAAGGGAGGAAGCUGCAAAGUGUAAAGCAGCAAAGGAGAUUAUAAAAGCUUUGGCAGUAAGGCUUCACACUAUGUCAGAAAAAGUCGCUGCUGGAAGAGAAGCCAAAGAUGGGGUGGUUGCGGAUCUUCCUCAAGUCACUACUGUGCAGAAAAAUAGUACCAAGCUUGACGCCUCACAUCCUAUGUUUACUGCUACUAAUGUGCUUCCUGAAGUUAAAUUACCGAAAGAAAGGAAAGUAGAUAGUCUAUGCAACUCUCCUAUUGUGUUCUCUGAUACUUUGAAAUCAGUGUAUGGGAGAGACUUUCACCAUGACAACAGUUAUAGAUCAGUCGAAGAUUCACAUGUUGCAAAAACAGAACCUCAACAGAAGGGUACUAAGUCAUCGAAGCCUGAAUGGGUAGAACAGUGUGAACCUGGCAUAUACAUCACAUUUACAAUUUUGCAAAGUGGGCAGAAGGGUUUAAAGCGCGUAAGAUUUAGUCGGAAGCGAUUCACGGAGAAGGAAGCGGAGCGAUGGUGGGAUGAGAAUCAGGUUGUAGUGUACCAAAAGUAUGGUAUCGAGGAAUACACAAAUUCAAACCAAAAUCAGAUGAAGUGCUAAUUUUUACACUAACUUAUUAAGAGCUAAUGUUUCCCUUCCUGAAGUGGACUCAUAACCCCAUGCACCUAAAACAAGAGCAGUGCAGGGGCUAGUUGAGUCUUCUUUUUCGGCUUGGCUCACUUAUAACAACCAGGUGAAUGAUGUUGUUAUAUUUUUGAGAAAGCUUUUGGUGCAUAAGAUGGAAUUUUCUUGUAUUUAAUUAGCAAGUAUCUCACUCUCCUGCAUUUGCUGCAGAAGUUUCUGUGCAUAUUAAUCAAUGUAAAUGAUUGGAAGACCUACUGAUAAAUUAAGA